AUGGAUAACAAAAUUGAUGGAUCACCGGAGCGAGCCACUAGCACAACGGAUUCCUCUUCGUUGCAUAAGUCCGAGUCAGAGAAGUACAUUUUGGAUCGAGUGGAUCACGCCACGGUGAGGAGAGCGGUCCUCAAGAUGGACCUUACUCUACUUCCUGUGAUGACCAUAUUCUACCUCCUAUCCUUCCUGGACCGUGCUAAUAUUGGCAAUGCUCGAGUUGCUGGCCUCCAAAAAAGUCUCCAUAUGACAGACCGCCAGUAUCAGAUUGCGGUCACCACCACAUAUGUACCAUACAUUCUCGCAGAACUUCCUGCAAAUCUUUUGCUCCGGAAGAUAGGACCCAACUAUGUCAUGCCCACCAUUCUCACCCUGUGGGGGAUAAUUGUCAUCUUACAAGGAUUUGUGACUUCCUUUCACGGCCUCGUCGUAGCUCGCGCAUUUUUGGGGCUAAUGGAAGGGCCCAUGUUUCCUGGUAUCGUUUUGUACCUUUCUGGGUUCUACACCCGUGCGGAACUCUCCCUUAGGAUCGCCUACUUUUUUUCAGCAGCAUCGCUCUCAGGUGCUUUCUCUGGUCUUCUGGCGGCGGCUAUUGUGAAUAUGAAUGGAGUGGGGAACAAGCCUGGGUGGUCGUGGAUAUUUAUCAUAGAAGGAAUCUUCAGCGUUCUUGUUGGUGUAAUAUCCUUUUACCUUGUACCCGCUACUCCAAAGGAUUCGCGGUUCUUGUCAGAAGACCAAAAACAAAUCAUCACUCAACGCCUGGAGAGAGACCGUCCCUUUGUGAACCCGCUUGACAAGUUCAGCCUCAGCCAAGUGCUUUCUUCCCUGAGAUCGCCUCAAGUUAUCAUUAUUUUCAUUAUCUAUUUUAUGGGUGGCACCAACCUUUAUGGCCUUGCACUGUUCCUUCCGUCUAUUGUCAACCAGUUAGGCUUCAGUCCCAAUCAUACUCAACUUUUGAGUGUUGGACCCUUUGCCGUUGGAUUCGUUGUGACUAUUUUCGUUGCCUAUCUAUCAGAUCGGUUCAAGUCGAGAUCAAUCCCCCUUGCAGGGAUAUGUGUUCUGGCAGUCGCCGGUUACUCGAUUACUUUGGCAUCGACCAACAAACACCUUUCAUAUGCAGCACUUUAUUUGAUGGUUCCGGGUGUCUAUGGCCCAACUCCAAUGGUGGCAGCUUGGUUGUCCAACAAUUCGGAGCCUUACUAUCGACGAGCGACAAGUAUAGCCCUCGGGUUUGUGGCCACGAACACUGGCGGUAUACUGAGCACAUGGCGUUACCCCUCAAAAGAAGGCCCAAAGUUCCACAAGACGACCAUCAUGAAUUUGACAUUCGCACUUUCAAUAAUGGCGCUAACGCUCCUUAAUGCGCUGAUCCUCAUCAGGUCGAAUAAACAGAAGAAGCUCAGGCGCGCUGAAAUCCUUGCGCCAUAUGUUACAGAGAAAGAACCGGAUGGUGGGCUCCGUGCGUGGGUAGAACUCGGCGACGAACAUCCUGAUUUCCGGUAUGUUUUGUAG